GUUGUUGUUCCCGGUGACGCGGCGGAGGUGUAGCCUGACGCGGGCUCUUACGUGUCGGCCAGAAUAAAAGUGGAGCUCCGGAGGCCCGGGAGUGACGAAGGGAGUCUGUAUCGCUCAGCCAAUGAGGAUGGAGUCAGCCGCGGAGGCUCAGCAGGGCGCGGACACUGCUGUGACCGAGACCGAGAACCAGCAGAUCACCCCGGCCCAGAUCGCCACCCUGGCACAGGUAUCCAUGGCAACAGGUCACGCCUCAGCAACGGGUCCCACGGUUACGCUGGUUCAGCUUCCCAAUGGACAGACAGUUCAGGUUCAUGGAGUCAUCCAGGCUGCACAGCCUUCUGUCAUCCAGUCACCACAGGUCCAGGCUGUACAGAUCUCCACUAUAGCAGAAAGUGAGGACUCCCAGGAGUCAGUAGACAGUGUGACUGACUCUCAGAAGCGCAGGGAGAUCCUGUCACGACGUCCGUCAUACAGGAAAAUCCUCAACGACCUUUCAUCGGAUGCACCGGCCGUCCCUCGUAUCGAGGAGGAAAAGGCUGAGGAGGACUCUUCUGCUGCUGCUGCACCUGCGAUCACCACGGUUACCGUGCCCACACCCAUCUACCAGACCAGCAGCGGCCAAUACAUCGCAAUUACCCAGGGUGGGGCCAUCCAGCUGGCUAAUAAUGGCACAGACGGAGUCCAAGGCCUCCAGACUCUGACCAUGACCAACGCAGCAGCGGCAGCCCAGCCCGGCACCACCAUCCUCCAGUACGCCCAGACCAGUGAUGGCCAGCAGAUACUGGUUCCCAGUAACCAGGUCGUUGUCCAAGCUGCUUCUGGUGAUGUCCAGGCCUACCAGAUCCGAGCAGCCCCGGCCAGCACCAUCGCUCCAGGAGUGGUCAUGGCCUCCUCGCCUGCCCUUCCCACUCAGGGGGGCACCGAGGAGGUCACCCGCAAGAGGGAGGUCCGCCUCAUGAAGAACAGAGAGGCGGCCCGUGAAUGUCGCAGGAAGAAGAAGGAAUACGUGAAGUGUCUGGAGAACCGAGUGGCCGUCCUGGAGAACCAGAACAAAACGCUGAUCGAGGAACUCAAAGCCCUUAAGGACCUCUACUGCCACAAGUCCGAGUAGCUCCCCUCCUCCACACAGAGCUCGCCCAAGUAGCAUUACAAUUCUUCUCAAAGACUUUGACUGUUGGAUUCUGAGUGCCUGGCCCUGCAGUUGGACAGGACUAACUAACUCUCUUUGAGAAUGCUACCCUAUCACAAUUCCGCUUAUACUACCUGCCGACCUGUAAGCUAUGUUGGUGCAGUGAAUCUCCAAAUACCAAGCAGGCGCAUUUUCUACAAUAUCAGUACAUGGGAAAUGCCAUUGUGUAGUUUCCAGGGUUGAUAACAGACAUUGGAAAAACUGAAAAUUAGCAGACUGAGACACUAUCCACAAUGCUGUGCAACACUAAAUGCACCCAGCAGGCAUCCGUACUCAUUAUGGCUACCUGAUUUGGAUGCCUGCCCGAUCAGGAUUGUGUAUGCACAGGCUAGGGUAUAACAUGAUGGAGGGUAAAUUUACCAGCUGAUGGAAAACAACCAUAAUGUGAAGCUAGACACCUUAAACCUCUGUGUUUAGCAUGGCUUGAAUGUAAUAUAUUGAAAUUGUUCGUUAUUUGGGGGGUGUCUUUGGUUAGAGUUAGAGCCUAUGUUGUAUACCACAGAGUGCAGUAUGGGUAGCAUUGUGUAAGGACUAUGUAUGCACUGAAUAGAAUUAUGACUCCGACACAGCAUCGUUUUACCAGGCAAGCUCAAUCAGCCACAGUUAAAGGCUUUGGAUGAAUUGUGAACUGUUACUUGACCCACAUCUGGUAUCCCAUCCUUACGCAAAACCAACUUAUCCGAUACGUGGCCACUUGUAAAUGGGACUCUUCCAACCAUUGGCUUUUUGGGCAUGGACAAGUCUUUUUUUCUAAGUGUUUUUAAAGAUGCUACAAACUGCCUACCGCGAACGAGGUGGAAUUCUGUACCGUCGGGAGACAGCGGAUCGCCACGGCCAAGGUUCGUUUCAACCGGACUGUCUUUUGAAAAAGGACAUCAACGUUUUUCAAGUCACUCGUGUACUUUUUUCCUGCUCCUCCACCGCAAGAAGUUGUCAGUGCUGCCGGGAAGGACUACUAGCUGGCUAUGGCACGGUUUAUACACUCUUAAAACAUUCAUAAAUUUCAUAAAGUUAGGGUUCCCCAGCCUUACCAGUAUGCGAUAUGACCGAUGGCAAGUUCUCAAAUAGAAAGAGAUCUGCUUCAGACCCUCGUGACUAAAGUGACCAGCAUCGUUGUUUUGAUUUUGCUGCGGUAAAUCGUUUUAAUUUGAUAAUCUUAUCAAGGAAAUUAACCGUUUUGCUAUGCCAUUUUGUCCUCAAGUAGAUUAUUAUAGAUUAUUGUUGUCUGUCUUAGUAUAUGGGUUUCUGGUGAAUGGCGGUAAAAUACGGAUUACAGACACUUCUCAAAGUCAGUUUACAGAUUUUUUUUUUUUUUUAAUAUGUAGCAGAUCUGCUUUUGAUUCUUGCCAUUGGCUACGAAUACAUGUGCUCGACACAAAUAAUUCAUGAGGACGUGUCGCGUUGAGAGAUGGCUUUGUGGGACUGUUUGUGGUUUGUGAGAAGAUACAUGUAUUGCUUAGUCUCCUCAUUUAGAUUUCUUUUUUUUUGUAUGACCACCCAUAGGCUCUACAGCAUGUGUAGAUCGUAUUUCUGUUUAUUUGAUAUGAAAAUGUUCUUAUGGCUUAUAUGAAACCAACUUUGCAUAUUUGUAACAUAUAUGUCGGUGUAUAAUAGAGGUCACUGUACAAGUGUAUUCAUUUAAUCUACCAGGCCUAAUACAAUCAUGGCAGCUACGUGUAUGGGAAAGAGGCCUUUGUUGAAAGUGUUCUAUUUUGGAGUGCUGUACUAGCCUUAUGCUGUGUUUAGGAUUGACGGUGUAUAUUUGUAGAGAAAAGUGAGUCUGUUGAGAGCAGUUACAGUCCACAAGAUAUAUCAGUUCAAUUAACAGCCCUUGGUUUCAUUUAGUUGGAAACGACCAAGAAGUAAAUUGCCACCGCUGCAGCCGCCAGUCUGGAGUUACACAACCCUUGGUGGUUUUAAAUUCGGCUGUAAAUUGUUACAUUCUUAACUAUCAAUGCAUUUUUUCACAUCGUAGGCUUAAAGUGAAAUGGAUCGCCCACUAAAACUUUUUUUUUUUUUUUUUUGGGUAUCUUUCAGUUCACCAAGCAAAAGCACAAAACCCAUUAUUCAACUGGAGUCAUGUUUUUUUGUACAUUAUUAUAUUGUACUGUAUCUAUUGUACUGCAAAACUACAUUAAUCCUUUUUUUAUUUCUUAUUGACAGUGUUUCUGUGGGUAAGCCACUCAUGUUAGUGUAAAUAUUAAGUCAUCAAGUUGGUCUUGGUUCAUUUCAACUGCAGACAAGCCUCUGCAAACCAUAAAAUAGUUUUUUGUUUGUUUGUUUGUUUGUUUGUUUGUUUACAGGUAAUGAAAGGUUCCCCACAGUGGGAGAAACUCUUAUUCCAGCUUUGCCUCCCCAGAAUGUUUCUCCCCGGAAGCAACACAGACUCAUGUUUGGGUUUCUUUUGUAUUAUUUUUAACUCAUUGUUACACAUUAGCUUGUUUUAUUUUUCUAUUUUACAAAAUGUUGAUAAUGUACAGUAUACAUGAGUAUUUGUAAUGUAUGUAUGGGUCAAAGCGGUUGGGAGCAGUGGAUGAAAUGACUACAGAAUCAGUUAGCAGCUCAUGCUUGGAGUAAUACAGAAAUGCUUAGAGGUCGAUGUUGGCCCACAACACAUGAACAUGUACUGUAGCUGUGCUCAGCCUGGCUGAGUAGCACACAUCUUCAUCUCCUUUGGUCUGCCUCUUGCCUUUCAUAUCAUGGUUUUGACAAAUCAUUUGCGUGGCUGAAUCCAAGCAUGACAAAUUGCAGAGGUAAUCUUUUUGCGGUGCCUUUUCAGGGCAGAUUAUGUAUUCAUGUCUGGAAACACAAUUUGACUCAGCACACCUUGAGCCUCAGUGACUGUGGAAAAACCAGUUAAUGCAGAACAGAAGAAAUCUGCAAGAGAGGUUUGAUGAGGGGCUUUGAACAACAUGUGUGCAAUGUGUUUUCACAUAACAAGAAAUUAAUUUUCAGACUGUGGUUUGAACCACUUCCUGUAACCCACAGCUACAGUGCUGGUGCUGGAAAGAAAUAGUAAUAGCCUACUCAUGUUGAUUUGAUAUAUUGAGCUCAAGUAUGUGAUGUGAUUAAACAAGAUCCUUUACCAACAGUGGUUUCAUUUCUGUGCCAGAACUGUUUAUACCCAGGCUUCAUUUGUGCAUGACACAGAUUGGUAUACAUGUGUGUAACUACAUGUAGAAUUUCUAGAACAGUGUCAAUAACCUUUUUCUAACUUUUGCGUGAUCCGUUUAUAUAUUGCCACUUUUACAAGUUAUCAAUUGAAAAUGCCAUUUAUUGUAUAGUAUGUAAUAGAGACAAGGUCACCUAAUGGUGUGUUGUAUACUCUUUGUUUCAACAUCAUUACCUUAUAAAAGUCUACCAGCCUAUUAUUUGGAAGUGCUCUGUAACUGUUACAUUGCAUCACCCUUUUGUAAACACUUGCUAUUAUCACAAUAAAUUGCUCUCAAACUUU